UUUUGUGACACUAAGAAAGACAACAUGUGGUUGAGUGAGAUUGUUGAAUGAUGCCACGUUCAUUAGGCUCAGUGUUACACUUGUUUACGUCACUAGUAUGGAAAAUGAUUCUCUCCCCAUCCCUUGGUGCAGCACAAGAGCCAAGUUCAGAGCAUCUCAAAACCAAAGGCUAGUGUACAUCAGUACAUGUAAAGAGGAUUUUCAUUAUUUUACCGAUCGAUGCAAGCACCGACUCAAGAUUUUCCCCCACCUCAAACCCAAUUGAAGCACGAUUGCCAGCUAGCCCAUGGGUCCAAAACGUUGCUUCCCAGCAUGUUUGAGCUUUCUGCUAGCUUGUUUGCUUGCUUUUACGAUUCAAAUCCUCUUCUUCUCACCCAUAUCUCCCGGAACGCUUGAAUUGCCACUUGCAGCAUCUUCAGCUUCCCCUCUUCCCACAAACAACCAACUACAGAGAGUUACCAAACUUGGAGAAGGAUUUGUGAAGGACCCAGAAGACGUUUGUGUGGAUAAAGAGGGUAUAAUCUAUACAGCUACAAGAGAUGGCUGGAUCAAAAGAUUGCAUAGAAACGGGUCCUUGGAGAAUUGGAAGAUGAUAAACAGUCAUGCUUUACUAGGAAUCACAAUAACAAAGGGAGGUGAUCUCAUUGUAUGUGAUGCUGAAAAGGGUUUGCUUAAGGUCAGUGAAGAUGGCGUCACAGUUCUUGCUUCGCAUUUCAACGGCUCCAAAAUAAAGCUUGCAGAUGAUGUUAUAGAAGCAUGGGAUGGUAGUCUAUAUUUUAGCGUUGCAAGCACCAAAUAUGAACUCCACAAUUGGUAUCUAGACGUGCUGGAGGCAAAACCUCAUGGGCAGCUGCUAAAGUUUGAUCCAUCAUCAAAUGAAACGUCGAUUGUGCUUGAUGAUUUGGGUUUUGCUAAUGGUGUUGCACUCUCAAGGGACCAAGAUUAUCUGGUCGUCUGUGAAACAUGGAGGUUUAGGUGUAUGAGGUACUGGUUGAAAGGAGAGGCCAAAGGAAAAACCGAGAUUUUUGUAGAGAACCUUCCGGGUGGUCCUGAUAACAUCAAUCUUGCCCCAGAUGGAUCUUUCUGGAUUGCUCUACUUCAGCUAACUUCUAAUGGGCUGGAGUUUGUGCAUACCUCCAAGGCUUCUAAGCACUUAAUAGCAACAUUUCCAAGAUUGAUUGAACUAGUAAAUGGCGUAUACAAGAAAGCAGCGGUUGUAAAUGUGGCUGCCGAUGGCAAGAUAAUCAGGAAAUUUGAUGACCCAAAUGGAAAGGUGAUGACUUUCGUGACGGCAGCCUUGGAAUUUGAAGAUCACUUGUAUUUGGGAAGUCUGAACUCCAACUUCGUUGGGAAAUUACCCUUGAAAGACACAUAAGCCUUGGAAUUUGAAUACCAUUUGUAUUUGGGAAGUCUGAAAUUACCCUUGAAAGACAUAUAAUACUCAGUAAGUACUCUAUUUAGAGCAUUGUGGCAAAAAUGCGAUUCUUUAGCUAAAA